CCAUAACAUAACAGACGUCAGACCAGAUCAGUAAUCAAAAGACAACGCGUGUUUUUCUUAGUUAGUGCAUAAAUAUAUUUUGCUGUUAAAUUUAUAACCAAAAUGCUUCGUCGGCAAGCGCGCCUUCGGCGAGAAUAUCUUUAUCGAAAAGCCGUCGAAAGCAGGCAUAAGACUUUGCAGGAUAAAAAGGAAAAAAUAAAAAAGGCUCUCGAGGAUCAUACACCAAUUCACGGCGAUUUGAAAAAGGAUGCUUUAACGUUGCAAGACAAGCUAAAGUGGAACGACGAAGGACCAACACGAGCAGCAGAAAUCGGCGGAAUUAGCGGUGGAGCGAACACGGCAAAUUCUCAAGAUGACGAGUAUCGGUAUGCUGGAUGUGAAGAUCCGAAAAUCAUGAUUACUACAUCUCGUGACCCAUCGGCUAAAUUAAAACAAUUCGUGAAAGAAUUGCGAUUGAUAUUCCCUAAUGCACAAAGGAUGAAUCGAGGCAAUUUCGAAAUGAAGCAAUUAGUGCAUGCAUGCCGAGCGAAUAAUGUAACAGAUUUCAUAGUGGUUCACGAGCAUCGAGGAGUACCGGAUAAUCUCAUCAUAUGUCACUUGCCAUACGGACCCACAGCGUCAUUUAACAUUUCAGAUGUUGUUAUGAGGCAUGAUAUUCCUGAUAUCGGACCUAUGAGUGAACAAAAGCCACAUCUAAUUUUUCAUAAUUUUAAAACAAAAUUGGCAGAGAGGACUAUGUCUAUAUUGAAGUAUUUGUUUCCGGUGCCAAAGGAAGACUCGAAACGAGUAAUGACCUUCGCAAAUCAUGAUGAUUACAUUAGCUUCCGUCAUCACACUUUUAAAACCGUUGAAAAAGAGUUGGUGUUAACUGAGGUUGGACCAAGAUUUCAAUUGAAGUUGUACCAAAUUAAAUUGGGGACUAUGGACGAGCUGGAUGCGGCGGACACUGAAUGGGUUUAUAGGCCAUAUAUGAAUACAGCUGGCAAAAGGAGGUUUUUGUCUGAUGAAAAUGGUUGGCAUCAGGAUGAUGAUGUUUAAUAAAU